AUGGCUCCGCCUACAGCGAUCCUCAACCUCGAUGUCGAGGCCAUAUCUGGAAUUUGUGGCUCUGUCUCUAUCGCUUGCUGGGUCGUCGUCUUCUCGCCGCAAAUCAUCCAGAAUUUCCAACGUGGCAGUGCCGACGCUCUUUCCGUACAGUUCAUCAUCGUUUGGCUCCUGGGAGAUGUCUUCAACAUCCUCGGCGCCGUCCUGCAGGGCGUCCUCCCCACCAUGAUCAUCCUGGCCAUCUACUACACCAUUGCCGACAUUGUUCUUCUAGGACAGUGCUUCUACUACCGAGGCUUCACGUGGCGAGACGAGCCGACGCCCGCGCCCAAGCCCGUAUCCGAUGCCGAAGACGGGCCCGACGAACGAUCGCGACUCCUCGACUCCUCCGGUGCCGGCGAACGCAGGAACUCCGACUGGUCGGCCCUCUCCCCGGCUGUCCCGCACAUCGCCGAUACCCCCCCUCCCGCGGCGCCCGGCACGCUGCAGACCAUCCUGCUGAACUCUCUCGCGGUGGUCAUGGUCAUCGCCGCAGGCGUUCUCGGCUGGUUCCUGGGCCGGAAGGCUACUGCUGCCGGAGGCGGACACGACGACGCUCCAUCGAACGACGACGCCCCCGAGUUCAACGCCCUGGGCCAAUUCUUCGGCUGGCUGUGCGCCGUGUCGUACAUUGCCUCGCGCCUGCCCCAGCUCAUCCUCAACUGGCGGCGCAAGACGACCGACGGGCUCAGCAUGCUCUUCUUCCUCUUCGCCUGUCUAGGCAACACCACCUACGUCCUGUCCAUCCUUGCCUACGAGCCCAAGUGCGGUGAUCGACGCUGCACAUCAGCCGAGGCCGGGGCGAUCUACGGCAGGUACAUACUCGUCAACCUGAGCUGGAUCGCCGGCGCCUUUGUCACGCUGCUCCUGGACCUGGGCGUCUUUGCGCAGUACUUCUUCUAUGACAACCAGGAGACCGAGAGCGCGCCUCGUCGGCGAGUAAACGGGCAUGGCGGGGCUGAGAACCGCGACGAUCGGCGGCCUCUUCUUUCGACGGAAGACGGUGCCACCACUGCCUAA